UAGCAUACCAUAGUGGUUCACGGCCACUGGGGGACGCGUCUCCCAUAAACAAGGACGGCGGACUCGUGACGCGUCGGGGAUCGCCAAUGCAAAUGUGUAUGCUCCCUCACUCCCUGCCAUCUAGUUUUGUAACGAUCUGCUCUUCCAUGGAGAGGGAGAGAGAGUAGAAAAAGACGAGGAGCGGGGAGACGAUUCUUAAACGUAACAAUACAAACGUGGCUUCACUGGUUUUGGAUAUAAAAUAGGAUAUUUUAGAUUUCAGAAUACGUGGGAGAGAGAUUCGACCCUGAAUCGGAUAGCGUUCUGUAUGAUAACACGCAGUCUCGAACCGUCGACAUCCAAGGUAGGCUAAACGGUUUUUCCAAGAAACUACUUGCUUCCAGGGCUUGUUCUGUUCCCUUGGAGAUUACUGUAAAGUCUGGCGCUGCUGUGACACAUCUGAGGGACCUGAUUACACAGUGGUCCUUUUGGCUGCCAGUCCAAAGGCAUGGCUAUGAACCACAAAGAGUCAUUAACCAUCUAAAGCUGCAGCCAGGUAGCCUACCUACUGUGUGACUGGACUGAUGGGGCAUUGGGAAGGUUAUAAUGAGGUUUUAACCCUCACCCUUCUCUCUGGAAUGGUGGCUCACUAGGGGUCAAAGAGCCACCAGCUGAACAGUGGGGAUGGCCACGGCCCUCUACAGGCUGCGUUGCUUCCUGCGGCGAGCUCAGAUGCUCCUCCUCUUCCUGGGGAUCGCCUACCUGAUGGCGGGGAGCAUCCUGUUGCUGCAGCGCUCCAGCCUGACCCUAAAGACCGCUCAGCCACCAGGCGACGCCAGUCUCCCUUCUCUCAUGGCACUGCCAGCACCUCCCACAGCCGUGAGGGCCUCCCCCGGCCUGGGCCUGAGGGCGCGCUCCAGAUGGGCAGCCACCCAGGGUGUGUUGGGUGGUGAAGGGGGCAUAAAGACGGGGAGACACUGGCCCACGUCCCGACACCUGGGGGUCCAACACCUGCACCAUCGCUGGUUCCACGGUCUCAUGCCAGACACGCAGGAGCAGAGAGGUCCUCUACAACGCAAUAAAAGGCACAAAGGGACAUACAUGGGCUGCUUCAUGCAUGAUGCCAAUGAACGAGCCCUGGGGGGAACCAUGCUGUAUGAUCUGCGCAAAAUGACCAGCUCUUUGUGUCAAGACACCUGCUCAGAAAGUGGUUACCGCUUCGCAGGUCUGGAGUACGGAGCAGAGUGUCACUGUGGUAACCGCAUCAGCAGCCCGCAGACCCAGGAGGAGGACUGUAGCCUGGGCUGCAGAGGGGAGAGGGGGGAGAGGGGAGCACCCUGUGGGGGCGUGGGGCGCCUCUCCAUCUACAAGGUGGAGGAACAGCUCCCAGGACAGAGGAAAUUCAGAAACGUCCGCUACAGUGGCUGCUUCAAGUUGCCCAAAAACAUCACCAUCGUCUUCCCUGUCUACUCCCUCCAGUCAAACUCCACAUCACAGUCCUGCAUCGAGACCUGCACAGAUAAGGAGCUCCCACUGGCUGUGUUGAGGAACCCACACUGUUACUGUGCCUGGGCCUCAUCUCUGUUUAGACUGAACCAACGUCUGCCACCAGACCAGCCAUGUCUGGAGACCAACGGCACAGCACACACUGUUGCCUCCACAUCCUGGGCGGAACCAUACUACUACCAGGUCUACCAGACACCUGUGCUUGACUCCAGGUGCAAAGAGAGGAUGUUUCUACCUGAGAGGUCCACCUCCCUGGUGGCUCUCUCCAGCUUCCCCGGAGCUGGCAACACCUGGGUACGCCACCUGAUCGAGCUCGUGACGGGCUACUACACUGGCAGCUUCUACUUUGAUGGCACACUUUACAACAGAGGUUUCAAAGGGGAGAAGGACUACUGGAAGAGUGGGCGUAGCAUCUGUGUGAAGACCCAUGAGAGUGGGCAGAGAGAGAUCCAGAUGUUUGACUCUGCCAUCCUGCUGAUCCGGAACCCCUACCGUUCCCUCAUGGCAGAGUUCAACAGGAAGUGUGCCGGACACCUUGGCUAUGCCACAGACAAACAGUGGAGGAGCAAAGAGUGGCCAGAGUUUGUUGACAGCUAUGCCCCCUGGUGGGCGUCCCACGCUCUGAGCUGGCUACAGUUUGGCCGUCGCCUGUUGGUGGUGCACUACGAGGACCUGCAGAGGGCGCUCUUUCCCCAGCUCCGCCUCCUCACCUCCUUCCUCAACGCCACCAUAACGGAGGAGAGGCUGAUGUGUGCCCAGAGCAACCAGGACGGUCACUUCAAACGCUCUGGUAGGGCCCAGCGGCCCUCCUUCGACCCCUUUACAGCAGAGUUGAGGAGCACCAUUGACUCCUACAUCCACACAGUGGACCAGGCCCUGAGGGACAGGAACUACAGCGGCCUACCGCACGACUACAUACCCAGGUGAUCCUCCUCAGUUGAUCCAAACUGGACAAAAGGACGUCAACAAAUAAAGGGGAGGGGGAAGGUGUCAUCUCUGCCACCACUCCAAAGGUAGUAGUCCAGUCUAGUCAUUAGCAUGGUUGGGUGAAAGGUUUUUACAUGUGUUGGAGAAUUCUGUCAGCUACAGAACAUUUUCAGAAGAGUGACUCAGAGGGAAAGUGACUGUAUGAACACACCAAUGGGUAAUUGUUUGACACACUUGACAUGUCCAACCCACUGUGAGUGGCUGCUGAGAGUGUAGUAACAUGGAGUUAAACGCCAGUGUAAACUGUCAGUGUCACUGGGAUGAAAACAUGGCUGAACAUUACAGCUCCUGCUGAAAGGUCUCAGUGCAAGAGCCAGACUCUCUCUAUUGGAAGAAAGGGGAAACAUCCCCCUUUUCACUGCAGGCGUUGGGAGUAUGGAGCAAGUGCCUGUCUGCAAAAACAAUUCAAUCAAGCAUUGUAGGCUCUGAGGCUUUUAGCUUUAAAUGGAAUCUUUAGGUUAUUUCUAUUUGUUUGGGAUUUUUGUCAUGUUUAAUAUCAGUUUUACUGGUAGAGGGCAGUUAAACAGAAAAUGUGCCAUUCAACAAUGUCAAUCGGAUCGUUGUAAUGGACUUAUGCCAAUUAAAUCUCCAUAUGUUUAGCUCUAUUGUCAGCUUUUUCAUUACUGCUGGUG